UUUUCGAUCUUCAUUUGGGCUCACUUUAGCGCCAUUGCUUUGUUCGAUUUAGAGACGAAAGAGAAGAUUGUUGCUAAUUUGGCGAACUUUGCAUAUGAUCCUUACAACUAUACCUUUUUGUGCCAGCUUAAUGUUAUAGAACUUUUUCUCGACUGUUUAACUGAGCUGAGUGAGAGGCUUGUGGAGUUUGGGAUUGGAGGAAUCUGCAAUGCUUGUGCUGAUCCAGCAAAUGCUGCUCUUGUCACUCAAAAUGAUGGUAUCCCUCUCGUCAUCCAGUGUUUGUCAAGUCCUGCUAGGAACACGGUAAAUUAUGCUCUAGGAGCUCUGUAUUAUCUUUGCAAUGCAUCAAACAAGGAAGAGAUCUUAAAGCCAGAAGUAAUUAAUGCCAUCAAAAGUUAUGCAGCUGCUGGUGGAGUUAGUACAAGCUUCAGCAAUUUGGCUCAGUCUUUCUUAGAUAAACAUGUCUAGUACUUGUACUGGUGGGAGGUCGUACGAGUGUUUUGCGCAAGCUGGCCCGCACACCACCCGGGAAAGAAAAAGGAAGUCCUAUGUAUAUCAUCAAAUUCCAAAACCACCUUUGUUUGUUCCUUGACUCUUGAGUGGCUUCCUAUCUUGAAAUAUAACAAUUUACCAAGUAUAUAUGUCAAAGUUUUUAAUCGGAAAAAACUUAUGGAUA